AUAAAUACAAAAUAAAUAUUCCUAUAAUAUUAACACUCCACUAAACCACCAAUAGGCGGCGAUAACCAAUUAAUUACUUUGCCAAAUGAUGACGUAGCUGUGUUCUCCUAAUUGUAAUCGGACCUAACUGACCUGUUACUGACAUAUGAACUUGGCGUUGAUAGUAAGUAGUAUAUCACAUCAACGAUAUUUUAAAUAAAAUAACAAAAGUUGGAUUAAAAUUAUUGGGUUUUACCGUCAUUAUUAAGAAGACUAACUGUACGAUGUAAUAAUUUGUUUAAUAGGAAUUCCCAUUAGUAACUUUCUGAUUUUUAACUACUUUUGUGUUUACCGUAUUGUUAAAACCAAACGAAGUUGUUUGACAAGGUUAAGUUGAAUGUAGAAGAUACUGUUAAAAUUAAAAGAAAAACAAAAGUCCAGCGAUAUUCUAUAAUGCAAAUGUUUUAGGCCUGGUUAUUUAAUGAAAAAAAUGAGUUGUUUCAGUGUUGUUAAAGUGUAUCUAUGUUUUUAUUUUGUAACAAGUGUUUUACUUCAAAUCAGUGCUCUUUCUGUUAAAUCGUAUGCAAAUUCCUCGUUAGUCAGAGUGGCAAGAGCUACUAAAAAAUGCAAUGGAUUUAUGUGUGAAACUUCACAAAAAUGCAUAAAAUCCGAAAAAAAAUGCGACGGUAGAGUCGAUUGUGAAGAUGGAAGUGAUGAAUUUAACGAUUGUAAAAGUAUAGAGUGCCCAGGAUAUUUAUUCACUUGUGAUUAUGGGGCCUGUAUUGAAAUGGACACUGUUUGUGAUAAAAAAAAAGACUGCAGAGAUAAUUCGGACGAGGUCAACUGUCUCGACCAAUCGCAAAAAGUCUCCAGCAACUGCAAUUCGAAACAAUUCGAAUGUACGUCAGGUCAAUGUAUCAGCUUGGAAAAAAAGUGCGAUGGCAAGCCAGACUGCGGCGACAGAUCAGAUGAAACCAAAGGGACAUGUUUGAAUAUGAACUGUCCGGGAUUCACGUUCAUUUGCGACUACGGCGCGUGCGUGGACGGAUUCGCUGAAUGUAACGAUGUCAAAGAUUGCAUCGAUAAUUCUGAUGAGGACGAUGUACGCUGCAACCGCGCACCAGUAACUAAGCCCACGGUGAAACCGCCAGUCACUUCACCUCCAACAACAGGGGGUUGCGUUUUACCACAGUACCCAGAACACGGAAGAUGGGUUAUCCGAGGAGGUGCCAAAGCUGCAGCAGGAACAAGAGUGGGUUACAGCACUAUACUAACUUUUGAGUGCGACUUCCGAUACAAAUUGUCCAGCGAGAACAACUUAAUUGCUUGUAUUGAGGGCGGAUGGUCCACUAUCCCACCAACUUGUUUAAAACUCUGUCCGACUCUCUACACCAGCGAAACAACCAUGGUGAAGUGUUUAGAUCAUAACAGAGCCGAAAUAAAAUGUGAUUCGGCUACAAAUGGUUCCACCGCCUCCUUCGAAUGUGCUAAUUACUACGAACCGGCCGAAAGAACAGCAUUAAAAAGAUUUUGCUGGGAAGGUGUUUGGAACCUGCAACCUCCACAAUGUGUUCCAGUAUGUGGAGAAAAAUUUGUCACUGCCGUGCCUCUGAUCGUUAAUGGACAAGAGGUGGAGAGAGGCAGUUACCCUUGGGUGGCUGCAAUUUACAGAAAAGUUAAAGAUGGUUUUCAAAACUCCUGUGGGGGUUCCAUGUUAACGCAGAAAGUUAUUGUUACAGCUGCUCACUGUGUGACCUAUGAAGAUGUUGGCGAUGUAGUACCCUCAGAAGAAGUUAAAAUUGCAGUGGGAAAGUAUUACAAUGAAUACAAAGAUCCAAAAGAUACCCAAGCUCAAUACUCAGACAUAACAAAAAUUUUAGUUCAUCCAAAAUACAGAGGAUUAUUACAGAAGUUCGCAUCAGAUAUAGCAUUUUUAAUAACAAAAGAUCAGUUAUUAUUUUCCAAGGUUGUACAACCUGUAUGCUACCAAAAUAUACCUAAUAUUCAUCUAAAUAAUAGAAUGCAAGGAGUGAUAACUGGUUGGGGCUACACGGAGCCACAUGGAUCACCUUCGAAUACGCUUAAAGAGAUCUCAAUACCAUUUAAAGAUGAUGCUACAUGCCUUGCUGAACUUCCCAAGGAAUGGACAGAUUUAUACUUUACCUACGACAAAAUGUGCGCUGGACAUUACAACAAAAGCAUAGCUGUGUGUAAAGGAGACAGUGGUGGGGGCUUGGUGUUCCCACAGUUCGGGAGAUAUUAUAUUCAUGGAAUAGUCAGUGUCGGUCAACGUAACGGCAUUGAUGGCUGUAAUGUAGAAUUAAGUUCGCUGUAUACGAAAAUUGCCGCUCACUACGAUUGGUUGGAAGAAGUCACGUCUCGAUAUAAAUAACUUUAAUUGUACACCUGAACUGGAAUAAAAUAUUUUUCUACUUUUUAAAUUUA